UUUGUGAAUGACGUCAAUGAUGGAAACCAAGAUGGCGCCGUUUGAGUUGUAGUGAAGGAUCUGUUCAGGAUGCUGAAGGAGGCGACCUUUAAUUUCUGUUUUAUACACUUUAAUCUGUAAGUAAGUGCUUACUGUGAGAAUGGACGGGUUUAUAAUGGAUCAUAUGGACCCGAGUCUGUCAGAGCUGGGAGAUGAGUUCACUCUGGGGGACAUCGACGAGAUGCUGCAGUUUGUCAGUAAUAACUCAGAGUUUUCUGAUCUCUUUGAUGAUCCCAUGCAAACUGCACCAGCACCUGUAGCACAUGCAACCAACCACAUCACCAUGACGACCACCACUUGUGCUCCUGCUACAGUGGCCACGCCCACCACUCGUGCAGCAGUACAAAGCAUAGCGAUCAGUCAGCAGAGCCGAACCACACCGUUACUCCAGCCUCGGCCGCAGCCACCAACACACAUCCAGGUCACAGCCUCUACAGUCCCUAUACAGACUCAGACCAUAGCCAGUUUCCCUGUGCAGACACAGACACAGACUGUGAUGAUCACUCCGUCUGCACCACAGCAAAGGUUCAUACAAAGCCCCGUCAUCUGCCACCAAAACCACAACACUGCCUUUCAGGUCUUCCAGCCACAGGUCCCAAUGACAAUCCAGCACCAGCGUCUACUGACCCCUGCAGCUCAGACCAUUCAGACCAUCUCUGCAGCCCCCACUGCUGUUCACACUGUAUCACCUCAGGUGCAGCAGGUUCCUGUGUUGGUGCACCAGCCACAGAUUUUGAAGACAGACUCAUUGGUUUUAACAACGAUGCAAAAUCCAACUGGAAUUACAUUCACUGCACCCAUACAAACUGCUGUUCAGGUUCCGGUAUGUAUCCUCUCUCUCUCACACACACACACACACACACUCUGUGUACCUGUGUGUAGACUCACACUCUCUCACUCCUUCUCUCAGACUCUGGUGGGUAGUAACAUCCUCACAACUGUCCCAGUCAUGAUGAGUGGUGGUGACAAGCUGCCAAUCAAACAGCUCCCUUCAGGCCCCACCCAGUGCACGAGUGUGACCAGGCCAGGGCCGGAGCAGAGUUCCCCGGUUGCCAUGGGAAUGGGUGGCGUGGUGAAGGAGGGAGAGAGGAGGACAACACACAACAUCAUUGAGAAACGAUAUCGUUCAUCUAUAAACGACAAAAUUCUGGAGCUACGUGACCUUGUCAUGGGCAACGACACCAAAAUGCAUAAGUCUGGUGUGUUGCGGAAGGCAAUUGACUACAUCAAAUACCUGCAGCAGGUGAAUCAGAAACUGAGGCAGGAAAACCUGACACUGAAGAUGGCCAACCAGAAACACAAGUCGGUCUGUGUCGUGGACGAGGUGUCUGUUAUGACUCCUCCACCAUCUGACUCCGGUUCUGCCUCGCCUCAGUUCAGCAUCGACUCAGAACCCAACAGCCCACUGCUUGAACCGAUGAAGAGUGAGCCUUCGUCACCCCCUUCAGUGGGCGUAAUGGAUCGUUCCAGAGUGCUGCUGUGUGCACUCACAUUCCUCUGUGUGUCCCUGAACCCUCUGCCUUCACUCGUCGGCUCAGACAAACACAGCGCCUCUUCUUGGUCUGGAGGAGAAUCUUUCAUACACUCGCGUUCAAUCAUGUGGCUGCCUGCACAAACACAGAACUUUGGUGCAUGGCUAUGGUGUGUGUUGCCUUGGGUGAUGGUGUGGGUGUUGAGUGGAGUAGGUGUGGUUUGGGGAUGUGUGAGGAUUCUGUAUCUAUGGGAACCGGUCACACCCCUUCAUUCACCCACAUCAGUAAUGUUUUGGAGACAUAGGAAACAGGCCGACCUGCAACUGCAGAGGGGUGAUUACAGUGCUGCAGUGAGCAGUUUAGAGACGUGCCUGUCUGUGUUAUCCAGAGCUCUGCCCUCUACCACCUUUGACCUUGCCUGUUCACUCUCCUGGAAUCUGAUUCGCUACUGCUUGCAUAGACCCACCCCACUGGGCUGGCUGGUGCGACUGAUUGGUGGGAAGCAUGAGGGGGAGGAGUCUCAGAUCAGCUCCAGAGAUGCUGCACUGGUUUAUCAUCAGUUGGGCCAGCUACAGCUCACAGGUAAGCUGACAGAGCGCAGUGCUAUGUGGGGAGUGUGUGUGUGUCUGAAUGCAGUCAAUCUGAGUGAGAGUGCGAGAGGGAAAAUGGCUCCUACUGAGCAUGCUCAAAUCUACAUCACCACCGCCAUCUCACUGCGCAAAUCUGCACUGGGAAAACAACUAAGCUUCGUGCCUGCAUAUAUACUGAGUUGUGCAGAGAGUUUGUUUUCAGACUCAAAGCCUCCUGAUUGUCUUCGCUGGCUCUUCACUCCAUUGGCCAGACAGUUUUUCCUGAGCUGUGAUUGGUCAGUGAAGGCUGAGAAUUGUGAAGGAGUGUUUUCAUCUGAAAGAGAACAAGUGGACCCUGUUGCACAGCUGCAUCGGCGUUUCUGUGAGAAGCUUCUAGAGAGAGCUGUACACACACUGAUUCAGCCCCACAGUGACACUGAGAGUGUGAAACACAAAGAUGACAGCGGAGAGUUCAGUGGAGUGAUGGAGUUUCUGCAGCUGUUGAACAGCUGUACUGAUGACUCCUCCUCCCCAACUUCACCUUUCCCAGCACUAGCCAAUCAGAGCUCAGCUUCAGUGUCAGACCCUGUGUGUCGCUGGUGGGCAUUGGUCCUGAAGGCUGCUGUUCAUUGGCUGCAGCGUGAUGAUGUAUCUGUGAGGUCACUACUGGCGGAAGCAGAGCGAAUGCCAAGAGCACUGCACUCUCUGGAUCACCCGUUGCCGAAGGCCGUGUUGGUGCUCUGUAAAGCGAUGCAGAUGAGUGUGUGUCCUCAGAAAGGAGAAGGAACACUGGGCUGCCUCACACACUGCAACAGAGCCAGUGCUUACCUGCACAACAGCAUCACACACACACCCACACACACCUGGCUGCACAAGGGGGCAGAGCUUUUGGUGUGUGACCUCCUGCUGACCCUAAGGACCAGCCUCUGGCAACGUGGGGGUGGAGCUAAUGGAGAACCAAGCCCCGCCCCUUCUCCUCAGUUGGCUGGAUUUCAGAGGGACCUAAGCUCUCUGCGUAAACUGGGACAGGGUUACACACAGGUUCAGCACAAGGUGUUUCUACAUGAGACCACAGUGAGGUUAAUGGCAGGUGCAAGUCCCACUCGCACACACCAGUUAUUGGAGCACAGUCUGCGCCGACGAACACACAGCUAUAAAGAUGGAGUGAGUGUUCCAGGUGAACGCGAGCGUGCUCAUGCCAUCAUGCUGGUGUGUCGUCACCUGCCCCUGUCCCUGCACCGCUCACACCUGCUGGCUCAUGCUAAACACACACUGCAGAGAGUGGGAGACAUACACACACUGCACGCUAUCGCUGCCUCAUAAACACACACACACACACACACACACAGAGCUGUAUAUAAGCUGUACAUAUUAUUGUAGAGAGCUUACAUAAGGGUUAGUUAGAUGGGGUCUGGGGUGAGAGGGGCAGUUUCCUCACAGUAAGUCAGACAGAUAGGUGAGUGUGUGUACAGGUGACAGAGUCUUUAUUAUCAUUAUUUUAUAUGUAUAUUUUAAUUCAUUGUAUUCCUUUCACUGUUCUCUCUCUCUCUCCCUCUCUCUCUCUCUCUAUCUGUCUCUAUCUCUCUCUCUCUCUCUCUCUCUCUCUCUCUCUCUCUCUCUCCCUCUCACUCUCUCUCUCUCUCUGUCUCUCUCUCUCUCUCUCUCUCUCUCUCUCUCUCUCUCUCUCUCUCUCUCUCUCUCUCUCUCUCUCUCCCUCUCUCUCUCUCUCUCUCCCUCUUUGUAUGUUUUUUUUGCUAAUUGUACCAUGUUCCUUUUGUCUAUUAAAGCUGUGGGGUGUAUUUGUGUAACCUAA